CAUCACUUAAAAAGAAAAAAAAAUCAAGAAUCCAUUUUGUGCUCUCUACUCCCAAUUUUUUUUUUUGUUGCCAUCGCCAUUCGCCGCUCCUUUCCUGGCCUAUCGGAUCAAAUGAAACCCAUCUCUCUAUCUUCUUUCUCUCUUCAUCUUCUUCACCCAAUUCAGCUUCACACCAUUUCAUUUCUUUUCUUUCCUUAACUACCACCCAAUCCAAUCCUUCUUCACUCCCUUCUUUAUUAGGUUUUAAAUAUAUAUAUAUAUAUAUAUAUAUAUAUAUAUAAAUAUACAUAUAUUUGUUGUUUACUGAUUAAUAUUGGCGAAUCGACCUGUUGAAAGGGGAAAAACAAUGUUGAACAAAUUCAUGAAACGGGGUCACCGGAAAUCCAAGUCCGAAUCCAACGACAAUGCCGGGUUCGGGCUUGGACCCGGGAACGUUACAGUGAACCACGCUUCUCGGACGACCUUCAAUUCAGCCGUUGCCAAUUCCGAAUCACAGAACGUUACUUCAUCUCAGGCGCCUCCUCUCAACCCUGGUGGCGUCAUCGAAAUCCUACCUUUUUUACGAGACGUUUCGGUUUCGGAGCGCUCGGCAUUGUUCCUCCGCAAGCUCAAGGUAUGUUGGGUACAAUGCGAUUUUUCAGAUACUCUCAAAGGGGUUCGUGAAAAAGAGAUCAAGCGCCAAACUCUAUUGGAGCUUGUGGAUUUCAUACAAGCGGGUUCGUGUAAAUUGAACGAGACAAUGCAGGAGGAGCUUAUCCGAAUGGUUUCCGUUAAUGUUUUUCGGUGUCUGCCUCCGGCGGCUCACGAGAACACCGGCUCUGAAGCCGCCGGUGACCCCGAAGAUGAUGAGCCUUAUUUGGAGCCAUCUUGGCCGCAUUUGCAAAUUGUGUACGAAAUUCUAUUGAGGUAUCUUGUUUCUUCCGAGACCGAUACUAAGAUAGCCAAGCGUUACAUUGAUCAUGUCUUUGUGCUGAAAUUGCUUGAAUUGUUCGACUCCGAGGACCCACGUGAGCGAGAAUAUUUGAAAACUAUUCUUCAUCGUAUUUAUGGCAAGUUCAUGGUGCAUCGACCCUUUGUUAGAAAAGCCAUUAAUAACAUCUUCUACAGGUUUAUAUUUGAGACUGAAAGGCAUUGUGGUAUUGCCGAGUUGUUGGAGAUUCUUGGGAGUAUUAUUAAUGGAUUUGCAUUGCCCAUGAAAGAGGAGCAUAAGUUGUUUCUUUCAAGAGCGCUUAUACCACUCCAUAAACCCAAAUGUAUAGCAGUAUAUCACCAGCCAUUGUCCUAUUGCAUCACGCAGUUUGUGGAGAAGGAUUACAAGUUGGCGGAUUCAGUUAUUCGCGGGUUGUUGAAGUAUUGGCCUGUCACAAAUUGCCAGAAGGAGGUUCUCUUUCUUGGAGAGCUAGAAGAGGUUUUAGAAGCUACUCAGUCUGCUGAGUUCCAAAGAUGCAUGAUUCCUCUUUUUAGACAGAUAGGCCGCUGUCUUAACAGUCCACAUUUCCAGGUUGCAGAAAGAGCCCUUUACUUUUGGAACAAUGAACAUAUAGUAAGCUUGAUUGCACAGAACCGAAAUGUGAUACUUCCACUGAUUUUUGAAGCACUGGAGAAAAAUAUUCGAGGUCACUGGAACCAGGCUGUAAAUGGGCUGACGGGAAAUGUGCAAAGGAUGUUCCGAGAUAUGGAUAGCGAGUUGUUUGAGGAGUGUGAGAGGGAGUACUUGGAGAAGGAAACCAAGGCUAGAGAUUUGGAAGAGCGGCGAGAAUUGACAUGGAAGAGACUGGAAGAUGUAGCAGCACAAGCUCCGCGAGAGGAUAAUAUGGUAUGGGUUAACUGAUUAAUUUCGGUAGACAUGCUUAAUAUUUGUUUCCACUGUAGUGGCUAUUCUUUUUGUUUUGUUUUUGACAUUAAAGUCUUAAUCUUUUAUUAAGACAAUAACUGACAUAAUAUAGAAAGGAGAAGAAUAUAUAUAAAUAUAUAUCAGUUUUUUUUUUUUUCCUGUAACAAAGAAUUUGAAUUGUUCUUUUGCUGAUUAUUAAUAGUUAAGAUGAUUCAUUCCCAUUUCUCCUUA